AGUGAAUCUAGAUGUGAAAAAUAGCGCAGCUGGGGCCGUUUACACCAAUGGCGUCUUCGACAAAGAGUCAACGCACUUGCGGUAUCCGGCUGAAGAACCUCCUUGCACCAGUAGUUCUUCAGAUGACGCCAAGCAAAGUUCACGGUCAUCUUCACCUGAAAGUACAGGUAGUUCCUCCUCUUCCUCCUGCCAUUGGCUUUCAAAUUUGCAGUUGGUAGACCAUUUUCCAGUAUUUGAGUUCGAUUUGCGACAGUUUAAACCGGACGUAGAAGACGCGAUCAGCGCCUUUGAGAACGCGAUUGCAAAGCGGGUUCGGACCAGCUUACAUCCGCCAUUCUUAGGACUCUCAUCCGGCUACGACGCUGGUGCGAUACACCUGGCGCUCACGCGGAACAACAUUCCGCAUUAUUACUACACAAUCAUGGGCCAAGAGGACAUGAAUGUCAUCCGAAAUCGUAACGAGUACUCGAAGCACGUCGGGCGGGCGACGAUCAUAGACUACUCCUACAACAUGUUCCAGCAAGUGCGCACCUACUUAAUGGCUUUUAUGGCUCGUAGAUGAUUUACAGUGUCGGACGAAGUUGUUGGACUUGAAUACAAUGAAAUGCUGGAAAUUCAUCAUUGAUUCAGUUCUAGUAGUAGAUUCUCGCUUUAUUUCACUCCUCCGUUUGAAUUUGCACCCCUCUUCGGUGGUCUAAUAGUAACCACUAAUUUGAAUCACCUCGUCAAGCUCAAUGGGCUUCUACUCACGCUUCUUAUGAAUUUCAAUUUGAUGAAAGCAAAUUUCCUUUCAUGUUCGGUGCCGAGCCAUACGAAUUUUCGCAAUUUUCGCGGAAAAAUGUUGGACGAACUACGGUCGUGGACGACGAUGCAUCGAUGGGUCUGGCGCAAAUCAUGGGUGUCGCGCGACAAAUGGGGACGCUGGUUUACCUCACAGGCAGUGGCGCGGACGAAGUGCUGUCUGACUACUUAUGAUGCAUGGUUAGGUAUAGAUCACAUGUGUGAACUCGGAUUUGUUUUGGUAGAAAGCAAAAGAUUAUAAGAUCAAGAGUUAUUAACUAUUAAGUAGUUAAUCGUGUAGUACUAGUACGUUGUGUAUCUCAAAAUUCUUGGUUUCACUUCUCCAUCUCGUCGUCUUGCUUUCCUUCAUUUUGCGGUUUCAAUGGAACGCGCAUCUUCCCGCAAAGUACGUUGGGCGGUCGAUUUCCAGAGAACUUGGCCGAAGUUUUUCCUUGGGCGAUUUUUCAUGGCGGUACGAUGCGGGAUUACAUCAUGAAGGAGGAGCUUGUCGGAGGAGCAUUUGGCAUCGAGGCGCGCUACCCUUUUUUGGACAAGCAUUUUGUGCAAGAGUUUCUGUGGCUACAUUCUGAUGUCAAGAAUUUUGAGUACAAGCAUGUUUUGCAUUCGUACUUUGCGCGACACGAGUAUCCGUUCAAGCAUCGAGACAAAACGGGCUUUUCCUCAGCAGAGAAUCGUAUUCUUAGUCCUCAGAGCCUGGUGUACGAGAUGGGCGAGUAUUUUCAAAAAGGCGGAUCUGAAGAAGGCUUCGGUGGUGCGCGCACCUUGGACCCAGCGACAAUGUCGAACAUUGACUUCCUAGUCGAUCAACAUGUAGAUGUUGAGAACGGAGGGUCUACUCCUCCUGAGAUAGGCACUUCAUCAUUAUCCUCUGGCGAUAGCUUAAAGGUUCGCAACAUGAUGUUGUUGCAGAAUCACAAAGACGUAUUUCAACGUCGCCAGCAGGCUCGGAUGUUGCGGGAACAAGGAGGAUACGCAAAGAAGUACUGGAAUGCUGAGAUAUCACGAAACGACUUUGGUCGCGACAUUUACAUCGGCUACUACACACCGCUGAUCCACAUCGAGAGAGAUUCCAGUGACAUGUGCUGGAAGGACAACACGGGCUACAGUAUCACGACUCUCGAUGACGACUCUCUGAGGGCAUUGGAAGAACAACACGUAGAAGACGCUCCUGGCACUAAAAAUAUAAAGGGUGAGGCUCCUAAAAAAGAAGACGGAUCAACAACGACAUCAGGCGCAGAUGGUGUAGCUUUAUCUCCAUCAACAACCCCGCUCCUGGAGGCCAAUUACACCCAUAUGAGCGAAGAUUUCCUAGCCGCUGAUGAUACAGGUCAAGCCACGUCUAGCGCUUCUCCGGCAUCAGCUGCACUCAGUGAGGAGAAAAGGACGGAUCAGGAAACAUCGGCAGCAUCCUCUUCGGCUUCCGUGAAGGCUGAGAGGAAGAUAGAGACCUUCUACGUAGAUCCCGUGAUUCAUAGGGAACCCGGGGAUAAUUUCAUGCGGUCUCUGGGGUACUGGGCGUCUCGCCUGCUGCGUGAGCAGCCUUGGCUGACGGAAGCCAUACGCCCCGAGAUGGUGGGGUUUAUUCAGGAAUUCGAAACGGCUUUGCACGUCAAAAGCGAGCUGAACGAGUUUUUGAAAAUUCUGGUCGUCGGGAGGGACGAAGAGAAAGCGAAUCGGCUAAUCGACAAUCUUCCAGAAGCAUUGAAGCUCCAUGCUGUGCGUUUGGAAAAGCGAGCCGAAACAUCGAUAUUGUCUUUUUCACAGAAGCAGUUUUCAGACACGAUGGGUUUGAAAGCGAAAGAUGAACGCAAAGAAGCUCUGGAGUCAUUCAUGUCAACACCCGGGAUGGAAAAGUAUGCCUUGACCGAUGAUUUUCUCACGUUUGGAGCACAAGUGUAUGGCGAAUACCGCAGGCGGGAAUGGGGGAGUCUCGCAGAAUUAUACAAUUUCCUAGAAGAUAAAGUGUCAGUCGUCCUCUCCUCUACUCCACCUCCUCCAGAAGUUGAAGGUAGCGGAAAUAGUAGGAAACACGAGCAGCUACUCGAAGGAAAAAUAGAAGAAGAGCAAGGACCACAAGGAGACGCCCCGACAUCGUUCGUGACUACCUCACGAUUGCGUUCUGCAUUUGAGAGCACGGGCUGGCUCAAUGUGCAAGUCGAUGACAAGUAUCUGGGUCUCAUCGAGCGCUUUUUCAGAGUAUUUGCGGAGUUUUCUCUCCUCUUUUACGCAGAACCAGCAUCCGCUACUGUGAUGCUUCUGGAUAGCGACAGACUCAAUUUCCAUUCACAUGGCUGUGGGGCCAGGCGCUCUGUUGUGAACUCGUUUCUUAACUUAUGAAAGGAAAAAGGGUACUUAUUAUACUCAAAAAUAGAGGCAGCCUUCCACUUAGAACGUGCCUAGUUUUUUGACGAGGAUGAGUGCGCUUUUUCCUGUCAUGUAACUUGGGUUUCGGGGAUAAGAUUGUGUUUGGCGCGGGAUUGCCAGCGGAGCCACCAGACCUCUUGGACACGUGCAGCUUCAUGAAGUGGCCAGAAAGCAAGAGUCGGAAAGAACUCGAGGCACGACUCAAUACUCUCGACGAAACGGCAAAAUCCGUUGCAGAUCAUGGAUUCUCAACUCUGGUGGCAACACAAGAUGAAGAAGGACACGAUGAGUCAGAAGACAAGUAUCUGCCAGUCGACAAGAAUGGCGAUAAUGUGGGGAGGACGAAAAGAAGCGCAAAUAGAGAAAAGCUCGCAGAAUGGUUACACGACAAAGUAGAUAAUCACGAAACCGACACUGAAGGUGAAGGAGGUGCGUAUGAUGGUGAAAGCUUGAAGGCUGCUGCAUCGCUUUGUAGUGGUUAUUUUCGGCGUCCUAAAUUUGCGGCCUACCAAGACGGGAGACAGGACAUUCGUAUGCCGAACUUCAGUAGCCAUUACAACAUGCCCCAAGAAGGUUUCUUCGUCGGGCGUCUUCACGCUGUCUCAAGAUUUUUUUAUGUCGAGGAUUAACUGUGAAAAGGUUUUUCUCGAAGAACAACUACGUUUUGUAAGUGAAAUCUUCGUUUUGUGCGUCCAUGAAAUAUAUGCACACUUCGUACUCUCAGAGACAGAAUCAGUUCGUAUAUUUAUAAGUAAGUAAAUCCCACCACUUGUAGAUAUUGAUGUCGUACUAUCUAAUGGACCCGGUUCUUCAAAGCUUGGACGGCCUUGCACGCCUCUCAGUGUGCGGGCGAAACCUGGGUUCCGGUGAAGGAGUUGGCGCAAGACUUGCCCGCUGCGGAGUUGCUCGCUUACCUCCAAACACAAGAGGAGUAUGGACCGGUUCGUGAUCUCUCUAGUAUUAUGCAUGGGUACCGUGAACCCAUCUCUUACACCAUCUUUUAGCUGAUUCCUUCUUGGAACAAGUUAAAAGAUUUUCUAAAAGAUGGAUUGUCGGCACGUCUAAUAGUAGUUCUGGACAAGAAGGACACGAAUUCCGCUUUUCUCCUGCGGGAGGACAAAAGGAGGUGCCAACAGCAGAGCAGAUCCAAGAGAUGGAUCAACCAGCACUUUUAUGACACAGAGCAAAAUGAAACAUAAAUAUGGGACUGGGAUCACCAUUCUUCUUCAGAAAUUUUUCAUCCUUGUUGAAUAUACUCUACAAGUACAAUGACAAUGUUGCCUAUGUGGUUUUCUCUCUUUUCAUGGUCUAUGCUACGCGGUGCGGCAACGAACCCACGCUGCAAGGCCAGCCUUAUUUUCCAUCUGUAUUUUCUUACGGCUCCGGAGCACGUAGAACUGGAUUACGAAGGGUCGAUCGUGAUGACGUUAGACGGUUACACAAACCACGUCUGGCACCAGGACUAUGGUACUGCUUACUGCUUGACCUGUACCUGUAGAAGUGUUUUAGUUAUUUCACAACAUAUAUAUACAUGCCCAGAAAGCGGGCCCAUCAAGGGCCCGCUGCGCCGGGCAUAGGUUAACAACUAAACAGAUUGACUACUAAGAGACAGAAAGACAAACGAAAAAAGUCGCCAAGUCUGCUCGCCAAGGCUGGGAAGGUGGCUCCCACUGUGUCAAGGAAGGGAAGGCUGGGGAGGCGACUUCCUCAACGGCUUCGAUUUUCAAGCACGGAGGUGGAUCUCUUUGGCUUUCUCAUGGAUAUGAUGACGCUCACCAGGGUCCACCCUUCAGGCAUGCAAGUGCUCACGGCUAUCAUUCUCACAGACAUCGACAUCCUCAACAGUAUCGACUUUCACGCACAGAGACGCACAUCUUUGGCCUUCUCAUGGAUAUAAUGACGCUCACCAGGGUCCGCCCUUCAGCCAUGCAAGCCCUCACGGCUAUGUAUCAUUCUCACAGACAUCGACAUCCUCAACGGCUUCGACUUUCACGCGCAGAGAUGUAUAUCUUUGCCCUUCUCAUGGAUAUGAUGAUGCUCACCAGGGUCCACCCUUCAUCAGACACGCAAGUCCUCACGGCUAUCAUUCAUUCUCACAGGCAUCGACAUCUUCCCCAACGGCUUCGGCUUUUCUUUCACGCACAGAGAUGCGCAUGCGCAUGCAUAUCUUUGGCCUUCUCAUGGAUAUGAUGACGCUCACAAGGGUCCACCCUUCAGACAUGCAAGGCCUCACGGCUAUCGUAUUACCCUCACAGUCAUCGACAUCCUCCACGGCUUCGACUUUCACACACAGAGAUGUAUACCUUUGGCCUUCUCAUGGAUAUGAUGACGCUCACCAGGGUCCACCCUUCAGACACGCGAGUCCUCGUGGCUAUCAUUCUCACAGACAUCGGCAUCCUCAACGGCUUCGACUUUCACGCACACAGAUUUAUAUCUUUGGCCUUCUCAUGGAUAUUAUGAUGCUCACCAGGGUCCACCCUUCAGACAUGCGAAUCCUCAUGGCUAUCAUUCUCACAGACAUCGACAUCCUCAACGGCUUCGAUUUUCAAGCACGGAGAUGGAUCGCUUUGGCUUUCUCAUGGAUGUGAUGACGCUCACCAAGGUCCACCCUUCAGACAUGCAAGUGCUCACGGCUAUCAUUCUCACAGACAUCGACAUCCUCAGCCGCUUCGAUUUUCAAGCACGGAGAUGGAUCUCUUUGGCCUUCUCAUGGAUAUGAUGACGCUCACCAGGGUCCACCCUUCAGCUAUGCAAGUGCGCACGGCUAUCAUUCUCACAUGCAUCGACGUCCUCCACGGCUUCGAUUUUCAAGCGCAGAGCUGUAAAUCUUUGGCCUUCUCAUGGGUCAACACGAUGACGCCCGCCAGCCUCUGCCCUUUCAGGUGCUCACCCUCUCCCUUACAAGUCUCCCACUUUUGUGCUGGUUAAAAGUAUACUGGUUAACCAUCUCCAAGGGCUGCCGCGCGCUCCUGUGGUCGAUUGCUGUGUGCGGAAGGUAGUCGCGGAAGGGGAGCGAGCUAACUUUUUCACAAAAGCUUCAGGGAGGUCGUUCCGUUUUCUCUGUAUUUUAAAGGCGCUGGGCGAUAAAUAACAAGGGUAGCGGCUGGAAGUUCGUUGGGGCGAUUCGCUAGGGGUGGGCGCGUAGUGUCCUGCUGCAGAUGUGGCCGGGUACGUGAGUAGCCUACAAACUAACAGCCGUGAACGCGUCAACAUGUUCGCGGUGCCUUUGAACUCGUAGCACUAGCAGCGCAAGGGCUUUAGAGAGCCUUGUGAGUCCUUGCGAAUCCCUUAAGGAGGGGCCUAAUAUUAGCCAAGGGCUAUAACAGAUUUUCCUUAAGGCCCUUCCUGAAGGAAAACUUUCCGUCUUAAGGAAAGUUAUAAUAACUUUUUGUAAUAGGAAUUCCUUAAGGAAAACCGCUCUCCUUAAGGAAGCCACUUAAAGGAGUCCCUUAAGGAUUUCACAAACCAUCGCUAACCCUAUAAAUACUAAUAUUCGUCAGAGCAGUCUUGCACGAUAAAAAGUUUUGUCCUGCGUGCGAAAGGAAACUUCUGAAUCACUAAAGGUCUGCUCUACAUCACGUGGGACCAUCUUUUGUGCUUCUCCGGUGGCAGCCGUGAGUUUACGGAAAGUAGAGAGACAAUAUACGAAUAUGAGCUGCUUACGAAAAGGCCACCACAAGCGAAGAUGAGCAGUAAUCAUGAUGUGAGCGAGAGCGGCCACCCAGGCUCCAACUCCAUGAAUACACUAGCCGACAGGACCACCAUAAAGAAGAUGCAGGAACUGUCCUCAGAGGACCGCAAGCGCUUUUUCCAAACGAUGCAGCGUCUGGACAUGCGAGCGGCUGACCGUUCUCUUUCAGCCAGAGAAUUCGAGCGACAAUUGCGGGACGCAGUAGCUGGUUAUGAUGACAGGAAUGAACGAACAAGUAAGUAUCUCCAUAGUUGUCUAGUAAAAAAAUAGAAGUUUGGCAUUUUUCUUACCUGUUGUUUUCUUUUGAUCUCCAAACCGUCGUGCUGUCAAAGCCUAGGACCAUCAAAUGUCAAGAUGCUACUCUCAUUCAAAGGCGACCUCGACAAGCGAUGGCAGACGACGAGGCCACUUCGACGCUUCUUCUCUAUUGGAGGCUGUUCGUGAGGUUUGGCAAUCGCUGGAGUAGGGCAUGGACAAUAGAUCUGUUAAGAAUUCUUUCACUCUCAUACGAUAAAAAAGGAAAUUACAUUCAACACUCAUAGUGGUGAUGAUCAGUUGCUACAGCGGAUUCAAGAAGUUCUUGCUCAUCUCUUGUUUUUGUCUUUGUCUACUACGGGCAGCGGCUCGUCGUCGAUUUUUAUUCGUUGAAGAAGUAUAAGGAUAUAGUUUUCCAUGUAACCGAAAGGCCUACACUUACACAGCGAGGUAGGUACGUAGGAUCUUCUGGAGAUGGCCGGGUUGUCAUGUGAAUUUGCAAGUGGAGUGUUCCAACGUGAAACGUUUGAAAAUCGUGAAGAUUUGAAAAUGCAAACUCAUUGCCCAUCAUCGUCACUAUGCGCAGUCUCGAUCUUCUCGUUCGUGUCUUCCUAAAAAUCUAAAUUUCUUUCUGUAUCGCCGAGGUUUUCAGCGUAGUAUGAUUUUCAC